UGUGUCCCUAAAAGUGGCUUAAUCCCCCCUCACUCCCUAGCCCCCAUCCCUGCCAAGGCGCCUGCGCCCCUCCGCUCCGCCGCAACCCUGCCCAAUUGUCCGGCUAAGACUCGUGAAAACUACAGCUCCCAGAGUGCAUCGCACCGAGAUCUGCACUCCGCGAGUCGGGUGGCCCGGGUCAGGUGACUUCUAGCCCGCCCUCACACAAAGUCGGGCCGGCCUGGGGAGGUGGUCCAGUCCGAGGCGGCUCCUGAGUCCCGUGUGUCGGUCUCCUGAGCCUGAGAGGAUCUCAGUUCUGUGAAACGGAGGAACAUGAUAAGGCGUUGGCUGAUUAUUUUUGUCCUUUUUCCCCUGAAGCUCAUAGGGACAUGUGAGUCGACAGUCAGCCUCACUGUUCCUCCCACCGUGAAGCUGGAAAAUGGAAGCUCAGCCAACGUCAGCAUUGCCCUUCAGCAUCCGUUAAAUACAACCUUGGCGAUCACUUUUGAAAUCACGUUUCGUUCAAAAAAUAUUACUAUCCUUGAAUUUCCCGAUGAAGUUGUGGUGCCUCCCGGAGUGACAAAUUCCUCUUUUCAAGUGAAGUCUCAAAAUGUUGGACAAGUUACCGUUUUUCUUCAUGGAAAUCAUUCCAACCAGACCGGCCCAAGGAUACGCUUCUUGGUGAUCCAUAGUAACGUCGUUAGCAUCAUAAACCAGGUGAUUGGCUGGAUCUACUUCGUGGCCUGGUCCGUCUCCUUCUACCCUCAGGUGAUCACGAACUGGAGGCGGAAAAGUGUCGUUGGUCUGAGCUUUGACUUCGUGUCCCUAAACCUGACGGGCUUUGUGGCCUACAGCGUGUUCAACAUCGGCCUCCUCUGGGUGCCAUACUUCAAGGAGCAGUUUUUCCUCAAAUAUCCGAAUGGAGUGAACCCCGUGGACGCUAAUGACGCCUUCUUCAGCCUGCACGCGGUCGCCCUCACCCUGGUUGUCUUAGUGCAGUGCUUCCUGUACGAGCGAGGCAACCAGCGUGUGUCCUGGCCUGCCAUCGGCUUCCUCGUGCUCUCGUGGCUCUUCACCCUCGUCACCAUGAUUAUGGCCGCAGUCGGGGCAACCACCUGGUUGCAGUUUCUCUUCUGCUUCUCCUACAUCAAGCUUGCAGUGACGCUGGUCAAGUAUUUUCCACAGGCCUACAUGAACUUCUACUACAAAAGCACAGAGGGCUGGAGCAUUGGCAACGUGCUUCUGGACUUCACUGGGGGCAGCUUCAGCCUCCUCCAGAUGUUCCUCCAGUCCUACAACAACGACCAGUGGACCCUGAUCUUUGGAGACCCAACCAAGUUUGGACUCGGCAUCUUCUCCAUCUUCUUCGAUAUUGUCUUCUUCGUCCAGCACUUCUGCUUGUACAGAAAGAAACCAGGGUAUGACCAGCUGAACUAGCACCCAGGGACCCAGUGUAAGCGGCCUGGGCCCUGUGCCUACCAGAAAGGCUGGAGAAGCGGUCUGGAGUGCAGGGCUGGCUCAGUGUGCCGACAGUGGAGAAGCGCUGUCUUCCUCAGGGCCAAACGCCUUAAGCAGGAACCAGCCUGCCUUCGCCCAGGACUCUCCCUCCAAGACUCUCGCAGGCUGGGGAGGAGCCUCCCUCUGGGACAAACACCUGACUCUGCUCUGAGAUUAAAAGCUAGACCGCUGGCGGCCUCUCCCAGACUCCCCAGAGGUCUGAGCCCCUCCCAGGCCUUACUGGCCACGCAUCUGGCCCUCCUGCAUCUUGAUGCCGCCAUCUCUAUUUUCUUUAAGGCUUCAGGCAGCACGCACAGCACGUCCCAGGCAGGAUUGCGCGCUGAGCUUGGAGCCGAAGGCUGUGCCCCAAGCAACCAGCAUCUCUGGGAGCAGCUUGAGAGACUGACCUUGCAGCUGGGAGAGCCAAGGGCACUUUGCUGCCACUGCUGUGUUCCCAGAGACCAAGCAGCCAGGUGCUGUGGGCAGUGGACUCAGGUGCUGGUGCUGGUACUGGUGGUAGAGGGGCUAGGACUGGGGGCUUAGGUCUCGGGGUUCCUUCUCUGAAGGUCACAUUCUCUGAGCACUCACCUUCCUGACACUCAUUCUACAUAACUCAGCUUCCAUACCUGCAAUCACAGGCGGCCCAGGCCAGGGCCUAGAAACUGUUUCUGAGCCUUGAGGUGCCCAACAGAUGGGUUCUGAACUGGGCUCAUGUCCAACACCCUCUGGAUCUUUAUCACACUAACCCAUUUGGAUUUUUUGGAGGGAAGUUUUGGAAGAAAGGGGCUUAAUUUCUUCUGCCUUUUGCCCACUUUCACUUUCCCGGAGUCAGGGGCCCCAUGUGAGCCCCUCCAACUGCUCCUCACCCUGCGUCUGGAGUGCGGGACACAUGCACACCAGUCCAUGCCUUAGAGGCCUGGUGGACCUGCCAGAUGGUGAGAGGAGCUCCCCUCCUUCCCCAGACCCCCACCUGAGGCUCGCCAAGUUUUUGGCUGUUGAAGAGUUAGAGAAGGACUUGAGACAACCUCACACAAUCCUCAUGGGCCCAACCCUGAUCCCAAACCCUCUUUCCUCCCACCCCAAGCAGCUGUCCUUCCUGUGGUGGGAGGGGAGGGUCCCAGGACGUGCCUUGUUCAUGCCUUGAGUCUGUCAAUCCACUCUGACUUUUUUUUUACUACGAGACAAAUGUGAGGGGCAUGUAUUCUUAAUUAAAACCUGAUUUGCUUCCUUUU